AUACUCGGCGUUCCCGGAAACUCGCGUCCGCAACGCGGCGCCUAGCGGCCCAGAAGGAAUGUGCCCGUGCCUUCCACUUUCUCAGGUCGUGGCAGCAGAUACCGCUGUCUUCUCUCCGCCGGCUUGCGCUCUCGUGUCUUGCGCGUGGUCUCGAUUGUGUACAGCCACUGAUGAAACGUACCGCCACAGACGGUCGCCUGCUUCCUCGCUAUCGAAGGCCAUCGAUGGACAAAUUGACGCCGCUGACGACUCGAUGCACUCCGCGCUAUUGAGGCCUGCACUCAAUGUCACCGGCGGCUUCGAAUGGGCGUCAUCGACGAUCCGACACUUGGCACUCGACAAAUUCGAAUCAACAUGGUCGACGAAGUUCGAAUUGCGCCAUCGCCUCGCCGCGACCGCGAAAUGACGCCGGCGGGAAGGUGAAAUGUGAUGUGAUUGACUACAUCACAUUCUAUUAUUUAGGCUUUCCGUCCGUGCUGCUUCCGCACAGCGCGGGUUCCUUGUGCGCUAUCUGGUACCCGUUGUACUUCUUCCGCAGACCAUGCAAGCCGUACCCUGGAUCCCACGUCGCGGCUAUUUGCAUGCGACUCUAGAUUCUCGGAAGAUGCAAGACGGCGAGCCAGGGACACGGA